AUGCCCAGUCGGGUUCUGAGGACGAUCAAGGAGCGUUUGCGGGAUCUCCAGCUGCAGAAGAACAAGCAGCUUGUCCUGACGCUCGCGGCCGACGGGCGGCAGCCUCUGCAGCGUGUAAAGGAGGCCUGGAUUCAGCAGCCUCUGGAUCACUUCAACCGGCAGAACGUCAACACCUUCACUCAGAGGUUUUUUGUGAACGAGGCGUACUGGCAGCGUCCUGAUGGUCCAGUGUUUCUCUUCAUCGGAGGAGAAGGGCCCAUCUUUGAGUUUGAUGUUCUGGCAGGUCACCACGUUGACAUGGCUCAAGAGCACGGGGCGCUGCUACUGGCUCUGGAGCACCGUUUCUAUGGCGACAGCAUCAACCCCGAUGGCCUCAGAACGGAGAAGCUGGCAGACCUGAGCAGCCAGCAGGCGCUCACCGACUUGGCUGUGUUCCACCAGUACAUCAGCCAAAGCUUCAAUCUGACUCACAGGAACACUUGGAUCAGCUUCGGAGGCUCGUACUCCGGAGCUCUGUCCGCCUGGUUCAGAGGAAAGUUUCCUGGUCUGGUGUAUGGGGCUGUGGCCUCCUCUGCUCCGGUCAAGGCAAAGCUGGACUUUUCUGCCUACAACAAUGUCGUUGGCUCGGGGUUGAUGAAUGAGGCCGUUGGAGGUUCAGAGAAGUGUCUGGCUAAGGUGCGGGAAGCGUUUGCUGCGGUGGAAGCAGCGCUGAUGGGUGGAAACGUCAGCCAGGUGGCCAAAGACUUUGGCUGCUGUCAGAUCCCCGAGGAUCACGACGAUCAGGUGGAGCUGAUGCAAACCUUGGCCGACAUUGUGAUGGGAACGGUGCAGUACAAUGAAGAAGGGGUGCUCAUGUCCAUCAGGGAGCUCUGCGGCGUCAUGACCAACACCAGCGAUGAGUAUGAGGAAGAGAUGGAAGCCUACACCCGCCUCGUCAAACUGUCACAGGUCUACCGGUCCACCAGUGAGGAGUUGUGUAUGGACGUCUCCCACGAGAAAACACUGAAGGAUCUGAUGGACACGUCUGUCCACUCUGGCAGGAGAGCAGAGAGGCAGUGGACCUACCAGACCUGCACAGAGUUUGGAUUCUAUGAAACUUGUGAGGAUGCUGCUUGUCCGUUCUCUGGGAUGUUGACCCUGCACGCUCAGACUAAGCUCUGUACCGCGGUGUUCGGCGUUUCCCAGCAUUCCCUGCCUGCACGCAUCGCCUUCACUAACAAUUACUACGGAGGAGACAACCCGCGCACACACAGGGUCCUCUAUGUUAACGGUGGGAUUGACCCGUGGAAGGAGCUGUCAGUGGUCCGGGACGGGACCGAGGAAGGAGAAGAGGCUCAGACAGUUUUCAUUAAGGACACUGCUCACUGUGCAGAUAUGGCGAGCAGAAGGUUCACAGACCGGCACUCGCUCAGGAGAGCCAGACAGGAGAUUGAGAAACACGUGGCGCGCUGGCUGAAGACAGCUGCCGAGGAGAAGGCGGAGAACAGAACAGUGUGAUCACAUCACAUUACAACCUGAUCGGCUCUUAUCGCCUGAAACUGAUAAGAACUAGUUAAUAAUCUGGCCUGCCUCUGCGCUCUGCUUCGCCCUCCAUUUCCUCUCCCCGGCUCCCUUCACCCUCCAUCUAUAACCGUCUCAGAGCGCCGCAGCUGAUCUGUGUGUGUGGUUUUAGCUUUGGUUUGAUUUAUUUCGACUUGUGUGUGCGUUUACAGAUGUCCUUGCUGUGAUGUGUUUGGAUUAGCACUCAGUUUUAAAUUAUAUUGGAGUUUGUUUUUUUUUUUUUUGACAGUUUCUGCUUCUACAUUUAUAAUAACAAUGGCUUGGUGGCUCUUUCCUACUUGUUCAUUUUUGUGUGGUGCAGAUAAAAUAAAAUGUUUGUUUUCGUGCGAUUCAUCAGUUGUCAUAACCUUGUCGAGUCACUAGGGUGUGAUAUUGCUGCAUAGGUGGGAAACCCGUUCCUUAAAUCACUGCAUAUCAAAGUUCAGAGAGAUUGAGCAGUGGUUUGGGAUGAAAUACAGUAAAGCUGCUAAUCUGGAACAUUUC